AAUUGAACGUGUUGAUGCACUCUAAAUGUCUUUUUUACCGGCGCUUAGUGUAAUUUUGACCAUAAGUGGCAUCUCGGUGUUUAGAAAACAGCUGUUGUAAUGUCUUGUCAUUCGGCCCACAAGCACAUGCAGCCCCAUGCCUGGUACUUCUGUGAGCCAAGGUGCCUGUGAGCCAAGGUGCCUGUGAGAGGUGGUGCCUGUGAGCCAAGGUGCCUGUGAGAGGUGGUGCCUGUGAGAGGUGGUGCCCGUGAGAAAAGGUGCCUCUGAGCCAAGGUGCCUGUGAGUCAAGGUGCCUGUGAGAGGUGGUGCCUGUGAGACAAGGUGCCCGUGAGACAAGGUGCCUGUGAGACAAGGUACUUGUGAGCCAAGGUACCUGUGAGCCAAGGUGCCUGUGAGUCAAGGUGCCUGUGAGAGGUGGUGCCUGUGAGACAAGGUGCCCGUGAGACAAGGUGCCUGUGAGACAAGUUUUUCAAGAAACUGGUUUUCUUGGUCUUACAAUUAUGACUAGUCGAAGAAAAACAGCGGAGAAGAGUAUUAAUGAUGAACAUUAUCAUUUGCUUAUGCAUGACAGAACAGAUGAGAAAUUACAUCAUGAAGCAAAGGGAGAAGGAUUAGGAAGUGACCGAGGAAAUGUUAUGUUGUUGCUUUUCUUGUAUGUGCUUCAGGGCAUACCUCUUGGCCUGGCAGGAAGUAUUCCCAUGAUUCUACAGAACAGACAUGUACCAUAUAAAGACCAGGCCACCUUCAGUCUAUCGUUUUGGCCAUUCAGCAUCAAAUUAUUAUGGGCACCUCUGGUAGACUCUGUUUACUUUAGAAAGAUGGGGCGGCGUAAAUCCUGGCUAGUACCAGCUCAGUACCUAAUAGGUGUGUUCAUGCUGUUACUUUCACCAGCUGUCAACGAGCUUUUAGGAGUGGGUUCCGAUCACCCUCCUAACGUGACCAUCAUCACAUGUGUCUUCUUUGCUCUCAACUUUUUGGCUGCAACUCAAGACAUUGCAGUGGAUGGCUGGGCUCUCACUAUUCUCUCCAGAAAACAUGUUGGUUGGGCAUCGACUUGCAACUCUGUCGGGCAAACUGCUGGUUACUUUCUAGGAUAUGUUGUAUUUCUGGCUCUAGAAUCGAAGGACUUUUGUGUAAACUACCUCGGUCAGGAAGACUCCUUAGUAACUCUUCCAGGCUUCCUGUAUUUUUGGGGCAUAGUAUUCUGUGUAACCACAACUGCAGUGUGGAUAUUUAAACCCGAGAGAGACGACUUAGAGGUUGAAGCUGAUGAACCCCACUUUGGAUUGCUUGGGACGUACAAAAUUCUUGGUCGUAUCUUGAAGAUGAGGACAAUGCAAGAUUUGAUUUUAGUAUUGCUAACAUGCAAGAUUGGUUUUGCUGCUGCCGACUCACUGACAGCUCUGAAGCUGACAGAAAAUGGUGUUCCCAAGGACCGGUUAGCACUACUGUCCAUACCCCUGACCCCUGUCCAGGUGCUCCUUCCGUUUUAUAUCUCCCGCUACACUGCUGGACCCAAGCCUCUCAAUCCAUUCAUGUUUGGCUAUCCAUUGAGGUUGGGAAUAAUUGUUUGUUUUUAAUUCUUUUGUACCCAAUAUCUUCUUAUAGACUUUAAUAUUCCAAAUUUGAGAUGGAAGAUGAUAGAUUACAAUGCUUUUCUUUAAAAACUGUAAAGUAACCUAGACUAACAUUCAUGCAUCAUAGAGCUAAUGAGACUUAGAAACAAGUUCGUGAUAAACCAACAUAACUGAGCCAACUAGAGAUAAUACUCUUGACCUGAUCUUUAAGGGUAAUGAACAUGUCAGGUACAACCCAAUCUUUAAAGUACUCGGAUCUCAUCCUAAUUGAAGUAAAGCCAAAUGUUAAUUUAUACAAUGUGUCCAAAACGUGUAUACAAUGGGAUGGGGUGUUUAAUAAAUCUAAUUUCAAUAACUGGGAUAUUGACUGGGACAAAAUAAACUAUGAAUAAUUCAACAUUCCCUGGGAAACUCCUGAGCUCUAAAAUUUCACCACAAGACAUAAGCAAAUUAAAUGCAGAAACAUACAAAAUCUACACUAAACAUAUCCUUGUGAGAAAGAAAAGAAAUAUUUAACCUAGAGACCACAGAACACUUAGCAGAAGGAAAUAUGAUACGUAAAUACUUAAGUGACCGUGAUUGUCCCAGCAAAGAAAAGCAAACCUUACAGAGAAAUCACAAAGACAAAGCAAAGGCUCAUGCCAUAAUGAAGAUAUACAAAAAAUAACAGAAAACCCACAGAAGAAAUAGAAAAAACUAGAUGUUCAUAUUUACAUAUACAAAGAGCAAAUCAAAAAGCUCUGCAAGCACACAAGGCCCCUUACUGACAAGUGGAGGUGCAUACUGAUAACGAUAAAAAUAUCCUGAAAGAACAUGAAUCUGUUUAGUAAUUACAAUGUACACCAUGAAAAUAGAAGUGCUUGAAAGCUUUCUUGGUGACCCCCCCCUAUGGUAUUUCCCCAAGCUACACUGGUGUACCUCUCAAACCUUCAGUACUGCAGCAGGCUCUGUUAGUGCACAGAUACCUCCCAGGAACAUGUACCAGAAUCUGAGCCACUCAAUAGAGGGAAAGGGUAGUCUGAGGU